CCCAUUACAAUCGCAAUGCAUGGUGAAAUGUUCUACGUAAAAGUAGGUCUUGUUAUUCUCGGACCGCCCCAAAGUGUAUCCCGCGGCGUGAUACUGGCGCUCGGCGGAGGGUGCGACGGUCCCGCGACUGACUGACGCCAGCGCGAGUAGCACCAAGACAGGCAGCUGUAUGAAAGAGUAGGGGGCGAGCCUUAAAGCAGCACAAAAGGUGGCUUCAAGGCCUUGGAAAUCAAGAAUCUAUGGACAACCUCGCCGGAGGAACGCUUUAAGGAGUUUUUCCAUUUAAAGCCGGACCAAAGCCAACAACUCUGGAUCCCAGCACGCUAGUGUUCCUCCCUACUUACAGAGAAAACUAAGAGACAGAAAACGGACAGGUCGAGCAAGAGGCUGAGAGAGAAGGAGCCGCCCGGCGGUGAAGCGCCUGCUGGGCUGGAAGCAGGGCGACGAGGAGGAGAAGUGGGCGGAGAAGGCGGUGGACGCGCUGGUCAAGAAGCUCAAGAAGAAGAAGGGGGCCAUGGAGGAGCUGGAGCGGGCGCUCAGCUGCCCCGGACAGGUCAGCAACUGCGUCACCAUCCCGCGCUCGCUGGACGGCCGGCUGCAGGUGUCCCACCGGAAGGGGCUGCCGCACGUCAUCUACUGCCGGGUGUGGCGCUGGCCCGACCUGCAGUCCCACCACGAGCUCAAGGCCCUGGAGUGCUGCGAGUACCCCUUCGGCUCCAAGCAGAAGGACGUGUGCAUCAACCCCUACCACUACAAGAGGGUGGACAGCCCCGUGCUGCCCCCUGUGUUGGUGCCGAGGAACAGCGAGUUCAACGCCAAGCACACCAUGCUGCCGCGCUUCCGCAACCCGCUGCAGCAGAACGAGCCGCACAUGCCCCAGAACGCCACCUUCCCCGAGUCCUUCGCCCCCCAGCAGCAGCAGCAGCAGCAGCAGCAGCAGCAGCAGCAGCCCAACCCCGUCCAGCCGUUCCCCCACUCGCCCGGGAACAGCUACCCCACCUCGCCGGGCAGCGGCAGCAGCAGCGCCACCUUCCCCCACUCCCCCAGCAGCACGGACCCCGGCAGCCCCUUCCAGAUGCCAGAAACCCCACCCCCAGCCUACAUGCCCCCAGAAGAGCAGAUGACUCAGGACUGCCCCCAGCCAAUGGACACCAACCUACUGGCUCCGAUCCUUCCUGUGGAGAGCAACAACAGGCCAGACGUCCAGCCCGUGGCCUACGAGGAGCCCAAGCACUGGUGCUCCAUCGUCUACUACGAGCUCAACAACCGCGUGGGCGAGGCCUUCCAGGCGUCCUCCACCAGCGUGCUGGUGGACGGCUUCACCGACCCCUCCAACAACCGCAACCGCUUCUGCCUCGGCCUUCUGUCCAACGUCAACCGCAACUCCACCAUCGAGAACACCCGGCGGCACAUCGGCAAAGGUGUGCACCUGUACUACGUGGGCGGGGAGGUGUACGCCGAGUGCCUGAGCGACAGCAGCAUCUUCGUCCAGAGCAGGAACUGCAACUACCACCACGGCUUCCACCCCACCACCGUGUGCAAGAUCCCCAGCGGCUGCAGCCUGAAGAUCUUCAACAACCAGGAGUUUGCAGAGCUGCUGGCCCAGUCCGUCAACCACGGCUUCGAGGCUGUCUACGAGCUCACCAAGAUGUGCACCAUACGCAUGAGCUUCGUCAAGGGCUGGGGCGCAGAGUACCACCGGCAGGAUGUCACGAGCACACCCUGCUGGAUAGAGAUCCACCUGCACGGGCCCCUGCAGUGGCUGGACAAGGUGCUCACCCAGAUGGGCUCGCCCCAUAACCCCAUCUCCUCCGUCUCUUAGGUCCGUCCGACACACUGCCUUAGCGAUGGCUUUUUCGAAACCCCAGCAAUUAUUAUUUUGUUUGUUUGUUUGUUUGUUUAUUUUUUUUGGUUCAAAAUAGUGGAAAAAAAAAGAUGAUAAAUUUUAGAUAGCGAUGAGAUGGUCCUUCACAGUGAUGCGCUUUAGGCUAACAUAACUCUUAGUUGAUUGGUAACGGUUGUGGUGGUUUCAACACUACUAGUGAUCAGGGCCAGCCAGGGAG